AUGCUUGUUAAGGGGGACAAAUUGACACUGCUCUGUAUAUGUCUAAUUUUGCUGAAUAUUCUCCAGUAUUCAAGAUACGACUCGGUAACCUGCCAAAAUAUACAAUUGUCGAAUAAUUUGCACGGAGAAUUAUUUGAAAGAAAAAUUCCAAGAAGCGAAUUUAUAGAAAGAAAUGGAGAUGAAUAUUCUCAGAUGACAGACAAUGAUGAUGACUCUUCAUCAACAAAAGAAGACUCAGAAAGCAUAGAGGAUUCAAAAGAUGAGAACGAAGACUUGGAUAGCUCUUCAAACGACAGUUCCGAGAAGGAAGACUUCUGGGAAAAUGGCAAAGAAGACGGGAGUCUCAUUGCUCUUCAAUCUAUCUUCGACUCGAUAGAAGACGCGGAAGUUCCACUCCAGGAAAUUCCGAUAAAACACAGUGUGUUAGUGGUGGUGAACACACCGAGCUCAAAUCAUGCGACGCUUCACGAGGUGUCAUCGGAUAUCCGCAUGAUGCACCGUCAAAUGGCGCGUCUUGCAAUGAAGCUUUAUCCAUCAUUAAAAGUCGACGUUCAGUUCUAUGGCAACUUUCUUGACCCAAACGAGAAAGUUUUCGGCGAUUUUCGUUUUACUUCUCACAUGCCAUUAGCGCCUCUUCAAAAUGCCUACAAGGGAAAGUGGUCGGAGUACAGUGCUAUUGUCUGGAUCGCAAACGGGCUCAACAUCUUUGACAUAACAACGAUUCAAGAUGGUAUAGAAACUGUUUCCACUAGCUCUCCAGGAACGCUUUUGUGUGGUGUUGGAGUAACUGGCAAAUCUUGCGUCGCUGACGCAAUGAUGUUCACUCCUGAAACUGGAAAAAUGAUUUACAUGCGAGGAGCAAACCAUCCUAAUCCAAUGGGGAAAAUAUCUCAACGAUAUGCACAGCCAUCUUCGAUCGUUGGGCCUAACUCAUUAAGUGGUUUCUUGCGAUCAGAUUCACGCUCAUUCGAAAUUCGCUUCAACAAAAAGAUGAACUUAUCUUGGCUGAAAAUAUCGAAAGCCUAUCAAGUUUUUACUGCGCAUCCAACGAAACGAAAUCUACCAAAAUAUCUCCGUGAAACGCAAAUUGUCUCGCAACAAAAACAUGUCAAAUUUAUAAAACCUCCGUCUUGCAGCGGAGAUGGUUUCGUGAGUUUCAUUAAAUCGAGCCGCAAGGGCUCUUUUCGGCGAGAUGAGAUCCGCAAAUAUUACAAGGAAAUUUUAAAGAAGCAAUACCAGGAUUCCUUCCAUCUGUUCUUUCUUCUUGGAAGUCCAUCGUCAAAAGAGGAAAAAUGGCUUACUGACAAAAUCAAAGCUGAGAGCGAAAAACACAACGACAUAGUGUUAUAUGAUUAUGAAGACAAUUAUGAAAACUUGCCAAUGAAAACAUUUGCUGGUUAUCAGUUUUUCAAUGAUCACUGUAAGAAGAAAAAAUAUGCCAUCUUCCACGACGACGAUAUUUAUAUAAAGCUCAACGAGCUGAAGGGUCAAUUAAAAAAGUUGGAUCCGUCCGUACCUGAAAUAAAGUGUUUAAAAGGAAAAUGCAUCCCUGAAGCGCCAGCUAUGUACUUCGGAAAAUACUAUACCUGGAUUGACCUCUAUCCUCCAAUGUACUUUAUUCCCACCUAUAGUAACGGGCAAGCUACCGCUCUCACAGCAUCAGCAGCAAAAAAGAUAUAUGAAGCUGCAAAGGAAACGGAUUACAGAGAGUUCCGCAUCGAGGAUAUGCUCUACACGGGGAUCCUACGUGUUAAAGCAGGCAUCUCUAAGAUCUCUGGGAUGGUGCUUCCAAAUGGGGGAUCGGUGAGUUCGCACAACCAAGGAAUGCCUGAUAAAAGCAAUUACUUCCAAAAGCUGACCCUACUUUACAAGAAUAACAAGCUUUCGCUAAGAGCAAUGCCAUAA